GGUCAUUUGUGCAAUUAGCCCAAAUUUUGGCCAGCAAAGUAGAAAAGCACAAUAAACGGAGACCCGAAACCCAUUUUGAAUAACCGCUGUUUCUCCGGCCACCUGCGUUCGAACAUUCUCCGGCGAACUUGAGUUAUUUUGAUAUAGAGUGGUCUAUUUCGAUUGGCAAAUUUCCAGGAUACAAUGUCAUAAUUCUUUUAUUCGUGAUUUUCUGGAUGGUGUUCCUUCAUGGCGUGCCCCUUGAGAAAAGCUAUCGCAGUUUGCUCCAUCUUCAGGAAACGCUAUUCUUCCAUUGUUGAGGUGGCUUCAAAGGCCAGUAGAUUGACCUGCAACAGAAGGUGUACUGUCUUCUCAAGAACAGAGUCCUCGAUUUCUUAUGAUAACUCUAAACCUGGAGGUGAGCUGUUUCCUCGACAGUUCUGUUCAAGUAGAGAGCCAGAGACGUUAUCUUGGGGCGUGUCAUCUGACAUUGUUUUGCUGGGAAAGCUUGAAAGUGCAUUGAAGAAUCACAACUUGGAGGAGUCUUGGGAAACCUACAAGGAUUUCAAACGUCUUUAUGGUUUUCCUGACCCCUCUCUUGUAGGUAGGCUGCUCACUGAGUUGUCGUACUCAUCUGAUUCUAGGUGGCUCCGAAAGGCAUACAAUAUGGUAGAUUCUAUUUUGAAAGAGAAAAGGGAAUUACUACGUACAGAGCUAAUGACCAAGCUCUGCCUAUCGUUGGCUAGAGCUCAAAUGCCCGUUCGAGCAUCAUCAAUUCUCAGGCUGAUGUUGGAUAAAAGAAUUCUCCCACCAAUUGACAUGCUAGGGAUGAUAAUAUUUCAUAUGGUGAAGACUGAGAGUGGAAUGAUUCUGUCAUCGAAUAUUUUGAUCGAGAUUUAUGGUAGCUCUCAACAAUUAACCACAAAAAAGUCAGCUUACGCGGAGCUUAAUAAGCAUGAUACACUUGUUUUUAAUCUUGUUCUUGAUGCUUGUGCAAGAUUUGGAUCAUCCAUUAAAGGCCAUCAGAUUAUUGAGUUAAUGGCUCAAGUUGGAGUGGCAGCCGAUGCUCAUACUAUUUCAAUUAUUUCUUUGCUUCAUGAGACGAACGGUAUGCGAGAUGAAUUGAAGAAAUUUAAGGAGCAUAUAGAUCAGGUUUCAACAACAUUGGUCCCCCACUAUCGGCAAUUCUAUGAAAAUCUCCUGAGUUUACAUUUCAAGUUUAAUGAUAUAGAUGCUGCUUCUGAUCUUGUACGGGAUAUUUAUACAUUUCAAGAGUCUCAUCACAUGCAUGGAGAUGAGACACAACCACCUAAACCGUGCCUUGUUUCUAUCGGCUCUGAUAAUCUAAGGAUGGGAUUGAAACUACGAAUUUUUCCUCAUUCAUUAUCAAGGGAGUCUGUUUUCAAUGUGGGACGUAAUCAGGUGCUGGUUAUGUAUAAAAAUGGGAAACUUGUCCUUAGCAACAAAGCGUUGGCCAGGAUUAUUGUACAGUACAAGAAGGGUGGGAGAAUUAAUGAGCUGUCAAAGCUUCUUUGCAAUAUCCAGAGGAAAGGCUCAUUUGAAUCCAGCAGAAUGUGCUCUGAUGUGGUUGCUGCUUGCAUUUGCAUGGAGUGGCUCGAAACUGCUCAUGAUAUUUUGGAUGAUUUGGAUUCUGAAGGAAGUCGGCUAGGCACUAGUUCAUACAUGUCUCUGUUGACUGCAUAUCGCAAUAAAAAUAAGCUAAGGGAAGCAGAGGCACUACUAAAGCAAUUAAGAAAAUCAGGUGUUGUCAUAAAUGCAUCUGAUCCGUUGUUAACUCCUACAUCUUUGUGUCAACCGGAAGAUAAAAACAUCAAUAAGUUGAAGGAAUCAGGCUCUAUGGCAAAAGGGGAGUUGGCUUAUCAUAUUGUUCAAGAAAUGAGGAGAGAAGAAAACGAGGCUUCUUUUAUGAUGCAUCAAUUGAAUUCAUCUAUCUACUUCUUUAUGAGGGCUCACAUGGUUGAAGAUGCCAUAAGGGCUUACCGAAAAAUGCAGGCAAUGAAGAUCCAUCCUACAGAGUCAACUUUCAUGAAUCUGCUUAAUGGGUAUUCUUCUUUAGGGAUGUAUCGUGAAAUUACAAUCUUAUGGGGAGAUAUUAAAAGGAACAUGGUAAGUCAUAAUAAGCUGAAUUCCAGGGAUUUAUAUGAGUUCUUGCUGUUGAAUUUUCUUCGAGGUGGUUAUUUUCAUAGGGUGAUGGAGGUUAUUGAUUUUAUGAAGGAGAAUGGUAUGUAUUUGGAUAAGUGGAUGUAUAGACAUGAGUUCUUGAAGUUUCACAAGGGUCUUUACCGAAGGAUGAAAGUAUCUGAUGCUACAAAUGAUGUACAAAUUCAGAGGAUUGAGCAUGUGAAGCACUUUAGGAAAUGGGUUGGCCUGGAUUAAAUGUUUUAGGUACACUUGCACGUUGGGGAACAAAAAAGAGCAAGAAAAUAUUGAAUUAUCCUUUGCCAAAUUUUGGCAGGCUUCUCUCCAUUUUGUCUACCUGAGAAGUGAUGUACCCUACCCCUUGGGGUCAGAGUUGCAUUGUAAAUUAUGUGUUUCAAUAAAAGUCAAAAUGCUUCCA